AUUUAUUUAUAUUAUAUUAAUAUAUCUAAAUAUCUAUAUCUAUGUUUGUUAGCCAAAACGUUUGCAUCAAUCUUCCCACUCUCUAACGAAAAACUUCCCAUCUUCCCCCACCAUAUAUUCUUCCCAUGUCUCUUUCUACUUCUUGUCUUCAAUAUUGUUAGUUUGUUACCCUCACCCUCCUCUUAUAUAUACACCCCUUUUCAUCUUCCACUUUGCUUUGAUAUGUAUUCAUAAUUUUUCCUUAGCUUUGAGUUGAUCUUAUAGAUCAAAGCCAAAGGGAGAGGACUAUAGUUGGAAAAUAAUAGGGAAAUUAAUUAUAAUUUUCAUAUUCUUGAAUUAGGGUUUUCUCUUCUUACUUUUAUUAAUUUGUUAUAUUUUUCUCUUCUUAGAUAUAGGAAGAUAUAACAUGUGUAGUAGAGGUCAUUGGAGACCAUCUGAGGAUGAGAAGCUUAGAGAGUUGGUGGUAAGCUAUGGACCUCAUAAUUGGAACGCCAUAGCUGAAAAUCUACGAGGAAGAUCAGGGAAAAGUUGUAGGUUGAGAUGGUUCAAUCAAUUGGACCCAAGGAUAAACAGAAGUCCUUUCACGGAGGAAGAAGAAGAACGUCUUAUAACUUCUCAUCGGAUUCAUGGUAAUAGAUGGGCUGUAAUCGCAAGACACUUCCCCGGACGUACCGAUAACGCGGUAAAGAAUCAUUGGCAUGUAAUGAUGGCGAGAAUGCGCCGAGAAAGGUAUAAGAUCUAUGCAAAAGGUCCUCUUGAUCAUCACAUAAUUUUCUCUCCAAAUGGUCAUCAACCAAACUUUGAGAGAACAAAUCUCAAUUCUUUUGUUGAGAAGUAUCACGAAAAGCCUACUUACCCUUGUGUCUCACUUAGCCCUUUCAAAUUUCCCAAGUUUCACUUUCAAGAUCCAAGUUCUUGUUCCACAAUGCUUCAAGAUAAAACUCAAACUCAAUCAGUUGAGUUCUAUGAUUUUCUUCAAGUGGAUUCCAAUAAAAGUGAAGUAACCGAUAAUGCUAGAAAAGAUGAUGAAGAAGUCAAUCAAGAUGUUGUGAAACUGCAGAACAACGAAAACAAUGUUCCAUUCAUUGAUUUUUUGUCUACUGGAAAGUGCUAACAUAGUUGCAAAAUUAAGAGAUGAUUAAAUAUCCAACCAUUUGUAUGAAUUGAGCUUGAUUAAUUAGAACUAUAUCUCGACCUAGGCCUACUCAUGUAAGUUGUAACUAUAUUUCACUAAUCACACACACAUAAUGUAUUUAAGGACAUAUAUGUCCACUUGUAACAUGUAAAAAAAAAUAAAUGAAAACUUCUUUGUAUUGCAAAAAUUGUAAAAAAAUAUUUUAUAUAAUUAUCAGAUAUAAUAUGUUGGU